AUGGCGGGGGGAAUGAGAACUUUGGGUGAUUGUCUUGGAAAGGGCGCUUUCGGAUCGGUUUAUAGAGCGCUCAAUUGGGGGACUGGGGAGACUGUUGCUGUCAAGCAGGUCCGGCUGACGGAUCUCCCCAAAAGUGAACUUCGUGUGAUUAUGCUCGAAAUCGAUCUCCUCAAAAACCUCAAUCAUCCGAAUAUCGUCCAAUACCACGGAUUCGUUAAAACCGCUGAUUCCUUGUAUAUCAUAUUAGAAUACUGCGAGAAUGGCUCCCUCCAUAGCAUUUGCAAGAAUUUUGGCAAGUUCCCUGAGAACCUGGUUCUGCACGGGUUACUUUAUCUCCACGACCAGGGUGUUAUACAUAGGGAUAUCAAAGGCGCAAAUAUCUUAACAACUAAGGAGGGAUUGGUGAAACUAGCGGAUUUCGGGGUUGCUACAAGGACCACUGGCCUCAGCGAUUCAUCGGUGGUCGGGACGCCUUACUGGAUGGCCCCGGAGGUCAUUGAGCUGGCGGGGGCUACCACGGCGUCUGACAUAUGGAGUGUGGGGUGUACGGUUGUUGAGCUGUUGGACGGGAAACCCCCAUAUCACAAACUUGCUUCGAUGCAAGCACUCUUUAGAAUCGUCAAUGAUGAUCAUCCCCCGCUUCCUGAAGGUGCCUCUCCGGCUGUCCGUGACUUCCUUAUGCAGUGCUUCCAAAAGGACCCUAAUCUUCGGGUAUCCGCUCGGAAGCUGCUUAAACAUCCUUGGAUUGUUACUGCUAAACGUGCGGAUUCGAUCGUUCGCACACCAACAACGAAAUACGACGAAGCCGUUAAGAGUGUCCAACAGUGGAAUGAAGCACUGAAGUCACCCAAUGCCGGUACCUCAAGAAAACCGCUCCGAAAUCCAAUCGUCAGUCCUACACCUCGAAGAUAUAACAACGAUUUCUCAGUUGUGGCGGUAGUUCCCGGAAAGGGAGGCCACAGGACCUUUUCGGCAUCACGCAAGACUGAGGCCUUUAUGUCGCCCGAAAAUAAUGAUGAUGACGACGACAAUUGGGACGAUGACUUUGCUUCAGUUAUAUCACCUAGUGCCCUUCAGCUUCCUCGCAACAGGGCUCCAGAAAAUCGACAUUUGGGAGUUGUGCAAUCAUCUGAACGUCUCAAGUCUUUUUCAUCCCAUGAUGGGGUUAAUGAGAGCUGGGACGACAAUUUUGAGGGCGAUCUUACGAUCAAGAGCCCUCCAUACGCUAUGCAAACUAUUCGACCCUAUUUCCCCCGGCGCCAGAGCGAACCCGGUCUUGAAUUUGAUCAUGAUACACCCAGCCCUCCCAUGAUUCCUAUCAGAGAGAAACAACCCAUGCCGCCACCUCACCCCCUUCCUCCAGUGUUAUCGCCAUCUCCCACAAAGUUGUUGAGGAAGCUUGUGCUUCCGUCCCGACAUGUCUCUCACCCGGCUUCGAUUUUUAAGGAGAAUUCCUUUGAAGAUUAUUCUGAUCUAGCACCACUAAAUGAAGCUAGCUUUGCCAAGAAGGUUGAUCUUAUGAAGAAGGAUGCCUCCUUGAGUCCACGGCUAUUCCACCCAUCCGAUUUGAAAAGUCUACCACGUUCUGCCCAGUCAUCGCAGAACGGGAGCCUUCGACGCCAGAAUUCCACCAGUGACAUCAAGGAUGUCCACAAAAUGCGCAGAACGCGGUCGUCAUUGGAGAUCCAAAAGUUUGCAGAACCAGAGGGAGAAGACGAUUACUCGGAUAUCUUUGGGAGUGAAGGCGGCACUGACGAGGCUGGAUCAGAGAGCGGUGAUGAGCAGAGUUUGAUGCUGAAUACGAAGUUGUCUAAUAACUCUUGGCUCGGCGAUGAGGACAUCGACGAGGAAGACCCCUUUGCUCAGCUAGAGGAAGGGUUCGACGAAAUGGAUCUCGAGGCGAAUAUUGCCAGGGAUAAAUAUGCUCGUCUCUGCAUCCAAGUUGAGAGUUUGGUUAGUUCAUUGAAAAUCACUCAGUGUGAGGACGACUUAGAUGAUAUUUCGUCACAAUUGAUGGACAUUCUUUCAGAAUCUCCAGAAACGAAGGUCACCAUUAUCAGCGCUCACGGAAUGUUGCCAGUAUUAGAGGUUUUAGAAAACUGCACAAAGCGCGAAGUUAUUUUGAAACUAUUAAAGAUAAUGAAUGCUAUCAUAUUCGACGAUGUCGAAAUUCAGGAGAAUUUAUGCUUCGUCGGUGGCAUCCCAAUUAUCACCAAGUUUGCCUCCAAAAAGUAUCCGAGCAAUGUUCGACUUGAAGCUGCGGCCUUUGUGCGGCAAAUGUACCAGACCUCAACCUUGACCUUACAGAUGUUUGUGAGCUGUGGAGGUUUGAAUGUUCUUGUCGAAUUUUUAGAGGAGGAUUAUGAUGCCCAGAAAGACCUGGUCCUCAUCGGUGUUAAUGGAAUAUGGAGCGUCUUUGAGAUGCAAGGCCCAACGCCCAAGAACGACUUCUGCCGCAUUUUUUCGAGAAGCUCAGUCCUUCAUCCGCUGUCUCUUGCAUUAAAUCACGUCCUAGAUGAAGAUGGCGAAUUAUCGCAUCUAUGCGCUGAAAGGAUUGUGAAGAUAUUUUAUCUCUUUUCCCAGGCGGAGAACCAUGUCAAGGAGAUGGUAGCGGACCGAAUUGUUUUGAAAAGAGUUUUGAAGGACUUGAAGCGGAUGAUCCCCCAUCACCAAAUCGUCAUGCUGAAGUUCAUUAAAAAUCUGUCGAUGUUGUCAGCUACUCUUGACACGUUGCAGAACUCCAAUGCAAUUGAAGUUCUCACAGAUCUCCUUAAGGACAGUUUGAGUGCUCCUCACUUUCGAGAAAUUUCAAACCAAGUUUUAAAUACCAUGUACAACCUAUGCAGACUGAGCAAAUCUCGGCAGGAAGAAGCGGCACUUCAGGGAAUUAUUCCAUUGCUACAAAGAGUUGUUAGUACUGAGCGCCCUCUGAAAGAGUUUGCGCUACCAAUACUUUGUGAUAUGGCCCACUCUGGCAAGGUUUGUAGGAAGACUCUUUGGCAGAACAAAGGUCUUGAGUUUUAUAUCGGGUUACUCUCCGAUCAAUACUGGCAGGUCACUGCUCUUGAUGCAAUCUUAGUUUGGCUACAAGAAGAAACUGCGAGAGUUGAAGACAAACUUCUAAGCGUACCAUUCACCGUGGCCAUAAUCAACUGCUUUAGAGGAUCUAAAAAGAAGUCCUUCGAAAAUAUUCUGGAGCCUCUUCAGAAACUGUUACGCCUGAGCCCACAACUCGCAUAUGCUGAAUCGCUUAUCAGGCAAUCUGGAAUGUUCCAGACAAUUCAACGUCUUGCGGAUAGAGAUGGUGCUGUCCUGGUACGGAAUUUGGCUGGAGAGUUGAUAAAGCUCUGUCUAGAGAGGGAAAAGAAAAAGAGUCAGCGUCAGAGCAGCAACAACCGGCGCCGCCAGUCCAGCCUAUCAUUUUCAACAUCCUCAUCAUCCAUACCCCCCCCGCCCUCGCCUACCCUUCCCCGUCACAAAUCAGAUCUUGUGAAUAUGUGGUCGUACGAGAAGGAAAUAAGUGAUCAGAACGCGCGAGAUGAUACACUAUCAGAAAUGAGCGGAAGCCUUGGCUCCAGUAGGUUAGAUGGGAGUGACCGGAGGCAAAGGAGGACGUCGAGCGGCUCCAGAACAUCAAACAGGUAUAUUCCACGCCGGAGCCGCACGAGUACAAACAAUGUCGAGCUACGAGGUUGGGAAUGACUUACAGUGAACGAUGGAUUGAACAUGGCAUGGGCAAACGGGAGGGCGGCUUGUAUUUCUAUGCCAUUAUUAUGAUAGCACUUUUCUCACUUUUUCCUUUUUAGGAUACUAUACUCGAGUACCGCAUUCACUUUGAUUCCCACAUCGCUGAGCUCUGUAGGCUUUUUUCUUCCUUUUUCUUUUUCUUUUCUUUUUUCUUUUCUCGCAUUUUGCCAGGGUGGAUAUGCAUUAGGGUUCAUGAAGGUUCUCGGUUGUCUCUUUUUUAAUCUUCGCAAUUUGGUAGAGAGGCAAGAUGGGUCAUUUUCUUGUAUUGUAGUAGCUGGGUUGGCGGGCUUGGUAGGGUGUUUCUAGAGUUUAUGUACCUAAAGGCUUGGUGAAAAUUGUUUUCUAAGGGUUGAAUUGGAUCAUUACAUGUCUCGUGUUUGGAGAAUUGGAGCAAUUACAUUCUCUCUGGGCAAGGGAGAGUUUAUUCUCGGGUAAUGAUAUCUAGGCAGGUUAUACAUUUCUUGCUAUGAUAGAAUAAAUACUAAUAAUGAGCAUUUUGUGUUU